AUGGCGGCGGAGCGCGGGGGCUGCUCCUUGGAGUCGGUGCCGCUGCCGCCCGAGGUGCGCGAGAGCCUGGCGGAGCUGGAGCUGGAGCUGUCGGAGGGAGACAUUACUCAGAAAGGAUAUGAAAAGAAAAGAGCAAAACUGUUAGCACGGUACAUACCACUAAUUCAAGGUGUGGAUCCAUCCCUGCAAGCAGAUAACAGAGUCCCAGGCUCUUCUCAAGCUACCACUGCUGUGUCUAAACAGCAGAAAUCUCGUUCUACCAACUCAAGGGAUGAGCGCUUCCGAUCUGAUGUCCACACUGAAGCAGUACAAGCAGCACUUGCCAAGUACAAAGAGAGAAAAAUGCCCAUGCCUUCAAAGAGACGGUCUGUUCUUGUGCAGUCUUCAGUAGAAACAUACACACCUCCAGACACAUCGUCAGCAUCAGAAGAUGAGGGCUCGUUACGUCGGCAAGGACGGAUCUCCUCCACUCCGUUCCAGAGCCACUCCAACGUAGAGCCCUGGCUUAACCGGGUUAUUCAGGGCUCCUCCACCUCAUCCUCUGCAUCCUCCACCUCAUCUCAUCCAGGAGGGAAACCUGCUGCUGCUUCCAAUACUGCUACUGCCACCGCUGCUGCCACUGUUCUUGCAGAUCUCAUGGCACACACCCAGCUAGAUAACCACUCUGCACCUCCAGAUGUAACCACUGGCCUGGUGGAACAUUUACAUCAUGAGCGUCCACAAGUAGCAUCAGUACGAGGAGUUCCCAGAAGCUACUGCAGCAGCAUUUUGGAAACUGCAGAUGGUGUCCCAGUGAAUAGCAGAGUGUCGUCUAAAAUUCAGCAGCUUCUAAAUACCUUGAAAAGACCAAAGCGCCCACCUUUGAAAGAGUUUUUUGUUGAUGAUUUUGAAGAACUGCUAGAAGUGCAACAGCCUGACCCAAAUCAACCGAAGCCUGAAGGAAAUCAAACAAAUGUACUUAAAGGUGAACCCUUAGGUGUGGUAACCAACUGGCCACCCUCUCUGCUGGCAGCCCUGCAGUGCUGGGGAACUACCCAGCCAAAAGCCCCUUGUCUGACAGCAUUGGAUACAACUGGGAAAGCUGUUUAUACACUUACCUAUGGCAAACUGUGGAGUCGAAGCUUGAAGUUAGCAUAUACCCUGCUAAACAAGUUAACCACUAAGAAUGAACCACUGCUGAAGCCUGGAGACCGGGUAGCUCUCGUAUUUCCUAACAGUGAUCCAGUUAUGUUUAUGGUGGCGUUUUAUGGAUGUCUCCUGGCAAAACUCAUUCCUGUCCCAAUAGAAGUUCCACUAACAAGAAAGGAUGCUGGCAGCCAGCAGAUUGGUUUUCUUCUGGGCAGCUGUGGAGUAACGCUAGCUUUAACCACUGAUGCCUGCCAAAAAGGCCUUCCUAAAGCACAGACUGGUGAGGUGGUUACAUUCAAAGGCUGGCCUCGUCUCAUGUGGUUUGUGAUUGAUGGGAAGCAUCUGGCAAAACCAGCGAAGGACUGGCAUCCACAGUUACGGGAUGCCAAUGCUGAGAUUGCUUAUAUUGAGUACAAGACAAGUAAAGAGGGCAGCACAGUGGGCAUUACUGUCUCUCAUGCUUCCAUGCUGGCACAUUGUCACGCAUUGACUCAGGCGUGUGGUUAUUCAGAAGCUGAAACACUAACAAAUGUCUUGGAUUUCAAAAGAGAUGCUGGCCUUUGGCAUGGAGUAUUAACAAGUGUUAUGAACAGGAUGCAUGUCAUCAGUAUUCCAUAUGCAUUAAUGAAGGUUAAUCCACUUUCCUGGAUACAAAAAGUGUGCUCAUACAAAGCCCGUGUAGCAGUAGUAAAAUCACGUGAUAUGCACUGGUCACUUUUGGCUCAGAGGGAUCAGAGAGAUGUCAGUCUGAGCUCUUUGCGAAUGUUAAUAGUGGCAGAUGGAGCUAAUCCGUGGUCAAUAUCUUCCUGUGAUGCAUUCCUGAAUGUAUUUCAAUCCAGAGGUUUGAGACCAGAAGUGAUCUGUCCCUGUGCUAGUUCUUCAGAAGCACUAACCGUUGCUAUCCGCAGGCCUCCAGAAUUGGGUGGGCCUCCUCCAGGAAAAGCAGUGUUAUCUAUGAAUUGUCUAAGUUUCAGUGUGAUAAGAGUGGAUACAGAAGAGAAGUUAUCUGUGUUAACUGUACAGGAUGUUGGUCAAAUUAUGCCUGGAGCAAAUGUGUGUGUUGUGAAAGUGGAUGGGACUCCUUAUCUAUGUAAAGCUGAUGAGGUUGGAGAAAUAUGUGUGAAUUCAAGUGCUACUGGGAUGGCAUAUUUUGGCCUCCUCGGAAUCACCAAGAACGUGUUCGAGGCCAUUCCAGUGACAGCAGCUGGAGUGCCUGUUUCGGACCAACCCUUUACAAGAACAGGAUUGCUUGGCUUUGUGGGUCCUGACUAUUUGGUGUUUGUGGUAGGAAAGCUGGAUGGGCUAAUGACAGUUAGUGGUCGCAGGCACAAUGCAGAUGAUGUGGUAGCCACUGCAUUAGCAGUCGAACCCAUGAAGUUUGUGUAUCGGGGAAGGAUAGCAGUGUUUUCUGUGACCGUUUUGCAUGAUGAUCGAAUAGUGCUUGUGGCAGAGCAGCGCCCUGAUGCGUCAGAGGAGGAUAGUUUUCAGUGGAUGAGCAGGGUUCUACAGGCAAUUGAUAGCAUUCACCAAGUGGGCGUCUACUGUCUUGCCUUGGUACCAGCCAACACUUUGCCAAAGGCUCCACUCGGAGGAAUUCAUAUUUCAGAAACCAAGCAGCGCUUUCUAGAGGGUACUCUGCACCCAUGUAACGUCUUGAUGUGUCCACAUACUUGUGUUACUAACCUGCCUAAGCCUCGGCAGAAACAACCAGAGGUUGGCCCUGCUUCAAUGAUAGUAGGAAACCUUGUCGCUGGAAAGAGAAUUGCACAAGCCUCAGGGAGAGAUGUUACCCAGCUGGAGGAUAACGAUCAGGCAAGAAAGUUCCUGUAUUUAGCAGAUGUUCUUCAGUGGCGAGCUCAGACAACUCCAGAUCAUCCCCUCUUCCUUUUGUUGAAUUCCAAGGGCACUGUAGCUAGCACUGCGUCGUGCAUACAGUUGCACAAGAGAGCCGAGAGAGUAGCAGUUGCACUGAUGGAGAAAGGACGACUGAAUGUUGGUGACCAUGUGGCCCUGGUGUAUCCUCCAGGAGUAGACUUGAUAGCAACUUUCUAUGGCUGCUUAUAUGCUGGUUGUGUACCUAUAACCGUUCGCCCACCUCAUCCUCAGAAUCUUGCUACCACUCUGCCCACUGUCAAAAUGAUUGUAGAGGUCAGUAAGUCUGCAUGUAUACUGACCACACAAGUGAUAAUGAAAUUGCUGAAGUCCAAGGAAGCUGCAGCAGCUGUAGAUAUUAAAACAUGGCCCACUAUUUUGGAUACAGAUGAUAUGCCUAAAAAGAAGCUGGCUACUAUUUUCAGACCUACAUCUCCAGAUAUGUUGGCGUACUUGGACUUCAGUGUGUCUACCACUGGUAUAUUAGCAGGAGUAAAGAUGUCACAUGCAGCUACAAGUGCCUUAUGUCGCUCUAUAAAACUACAGUGUGAGCUGUACCCUUCACGUCAGAUUGCCAUCUGCCUUGACCCUUAUUGUGGCUUGGGAUUUGCACUAUGGUGCUUGUGCAGUGUAUAUUCAGGUCAUCAGUCUAUUCUAGUCCCUCCUCUGGAACUGGAGAGCAAUGUGUCCCUGUGGUUGUCUGCUGUAAGUCAGUAUAAAGUGCGUGUCACAUUCUGCUCUUACUCUGUGAUGGAGAUGUGCACCAAGGGGCUUGGAACACAGACUGAUAUACUCCGUAUGAAAGGAGUGAACCUGUCCUGUGUACGAACAUGCAUGGUGGUUGCAGAGGAGAGACCAAGGAUUACAUUAACACAAUCGUUCUCAAAGUUGUUCAAAGACCUGGGCCUCUCUGCUCGCGCAGUGAGCACUACCUUCGGAUGCAGGGUCAACGUAGCAAUUUGCUUACAGCCAAACAGGCUGGGCAAGCUGGCUGAACAGGGAACAGCAGGACCAGAUCCAACAACAGUCUAUGUAGAUAUGAGAGCGCUUCGACAUGACAGGGUGCGUCUGGUAGAGAGAGGUUCUCCACACAGUCUGCCACUUAUGGAGUCUGGAAAGAUUCUUCCAGGGGUAAAGGUCAUCAUAGCACACACAGAAACCAAGGGACCUCUGGGGGACUCACAUUUAGGAGAGAUAUGGGUAAGUAGUCCACACAAUGCUACUGGUUACUACACAGUGUAUGGAGAAGAAGCACUGCAUGCUGAUCACUUCACUGCUCGCCUGAGUUUUGGAGACACUCAGACCAUAUGGGCUCGGACUGGGUACCUUGGCUUUCUGCGCAGAACAGAACUUACUGAUGCUAGUGGAGAGAGACACGAUGCCCUGUAUGUAGUAGGCUCUUUGGAUGAAACACUGGAGCUCAGAGGAAUGAGGUACCAUCCCAUUGAUAUAGAGACCUCUGUAAUAAGAGCACAUAAGAGCAUUGCAGAAUGUGCUGUGUUUACAUGGACCAACUUGCUGGUGGUGGUUGUGGAGUUGGAAGGCUCAGAACAAGAAGCAUUGGACCUGGUUGCGCUGGUAACAAAUGUGGUUCUGGAAGAGCAUUAUCUCAUAGUAGGUGUUGUAGUCAUUGUGGACCCUGGUGUUAUUCCCAUCAAUUCCCGUGGUGAGAAACAACGAAUGCACUUGAGAGAUGGAUUCUUAGCUGACCAGUUGGAUCCUAUUUAUGUUGCCUACAACAUGUGAGCAGAAAAUCCCAUCAAGGCUAAAGCACCAAAAUCCAAGUAAUAACACGGGAAUCCAUUUUGUGUUUGUAAAGCUGUUGAAGAUGGAGAUACUACU